GUGUCUUUGGGUAAGUUUUAUUUUCUUAUUUUUAAGGACAAAGGAUGAAUGAAGUCAUACUUAAGUCAGGUUAAUGGGGGGAAACCAGUGUGGUGCUUUACAUAUUGAUAUAGUUCCAACAGAGAACUUACUUUAUUCACUCAGUUUACAGGAAAGAUUUAAUAGAGCAGAAUUGUUUUGCAGAUAUUGUAAGUCUGUAUUUUUCUUUGUUCAUGUAAAUAAGAUAUAACAUAAGUAAGUUUUAUUUUGAUUGUUAACAUGAAAACUAAUGUGAAGGAAUUUUCAGUCAGAAAUAUGAGAUCAUUUAAUAUUAUCUUUUAUACAAGAAAUACAAUCUCACCUUCAGUAAUAGCAUUCACGACAUCCAUGUGUUAGACAUUGAUUUUUGUAAUUAAUAGAAUAGGUUUUGCUUUCUAAAGGCAUAGGGUAUAAUGGGGAAAACCACUAUGUAAACAAGUACUGUGCAGUAACAGGAGCACUUACAGUGAAAAUUCGAUGCAGAACCUAGUAAAUCCUACUGUUAGGUGGGGGGAGAGUCUGAAGUGAUGAUUUCAGCUGACUCUCAGUGGGUCAGCUUGAUUUGUCUCACACACACACAGGCACACACACAGGCACACACACAGGCGCGCACACACACACAUACAUACACGCACACAGACGCAGGCACACACACACACACACACACAGAGACACAUGCAGACACGCACGUAUCCUUUCUUUCUUGCAAAGAAAGACAGCUAUUGACUGGAAGCCCAGAAUUGCCCCCAAGUUCCAACCACCAGCUCGAAUUCUUCUGAAGCGGACUUGUAAUAUCCUUAAUGUUGCUGUUGGCAGUCUGUUACAGAUCCCAUUAUUGUCGAUCAAUGCAGUCGCCAUGUGAGGUGGGGGGAGGAAUGGAGGAGGAGAAGAAAAGGAGAGAUGAGAGCUUCCUAUUCACUGAUUUAUCAACCUGCCUUUGCUCACAGGAAAUCCUCCUGGAGGGGGCUGGGGUGCUGCUGAAGCAGCCAAGGCAGGGAAGGGCUAGGGAGCUGCAAUUCUGACUGAAAGGAAAUUUGAAAACCUUUCUUUUCAGAACAACAACAACAAAAAUGCUGAGUUUGUUCUUGUAUCUUUGUUUUUGUUUGAUGAUGUGCUUUACCUAGCUGAUUAGCUAUUGUGCUGUCUGGUUAUCGAAGCUCUUUCCAGUGUAGGGCAUCCUCUCCUUUUAUUUUCUUUGAGUGUCUUUAUUCUUUAUUUCCCCAUGCUUUCUCCUGUCAUUAAACACACAUCAUUAUUCAAUUUUAUGCUGGCUUUCUCUUUCAGGCUAAAGCUGAACAAAAAAGAGACAGAGAACAAAUCUCUCUUUCCUCUAUCUUACCAUCCUCUUUUAACCCUUUCUAUGCUCCUCAUCGUUCCACCCCCACUGUUGUGUUAGAUUGAUGUCAGAGACAGAAUUCAGAGUGGAGGGAGGAUCACAUUUUCUUUCAUCAUUACAGCCUAACCCACAAUUUUAGUAUUGGACCCCACCACCCCCAAGAAUUUAGUCUCUUUAUCCAUUUCUUCCCGCUUCAUCAUUCAGUAAUUGUAUUCUGUAUGGAAAAGUUUUCUGGCUGGAGAAUGAGUCUCCUUUCCCCCGGUGAUGUGUCCGAGUGGUUGGAUAGUAGCACCGAAGAGGAGAAGAGCCUUCUGUCAUUUCUGGGUAAGAGGUGCCAGCAGAAAGGUCCCCCCGCAGACGGAGCAUCUCAGGGACCAGCACAUCAGAGAAACCCAACUCCAUGGACACUGCGAAUACCUCUCCUUUUAAAGUACCAGGCUUCUUCAGCAAGCGCCUGAAAGGCUCCAUCAAGAGGACCAAAAGCCAGUCGAAGCUUGACAGAAACACAAGCUUUCGACUUCCAUCCCUUCGCAAUGCAGAUGACAGGUCUCGAGGUCUGCCUAAACUAAAAGAGUCCCGUUCCCAUGAGUCCCUGCUGAGCCCGUGCAGUGCAGUGGAAUGUCUGGAUCUUGGUAGAGGGGAGCCAGUCUCAGUGAAGCCACUGCACAGUAGCAUCCUCGGACAAGACUUCUGCUUUGAGGUCACCUACUUAAGUGGAAGUAAAUGCUUUAGCUGUAACUCCGCCUCAGAGAGAGAUAAGUGGAUGGAAAACCUUCGAAGGACAGUUCAGCCAAACAAGGACAAUUGUAGACGAGCUGAAAAUGUUCUCCGUUUGUGGAUCAUUGAAGCCAAGGACCUUGCCCCUAAAAAAAAAUAUUUCUGCGAACUGUGCCUUGAUGAUACCCUCUUUGCUCGUACAACCAGCAAGACCAAAGCAGACAAUAUUUUUUGGGGUGAACAUUUUGAAUUCUAUAGCCUUCCACCUCUUCAUAGCAUCACAGUUCAUAUUUAUAAAGAUGUGGAAAAAAAGAAAAAAAAGGACAAGAAUAAUUAUGUAGGGCUAGUCAACAUCCCCACUGCCAGUGUGACUGGUCGUCAGUUUGUAGAAAAGUGGUACCCAGUGAGUACACCCACACCCAACAAAGGAAAGACAGGAGGACCUUCUAUUCGGAUUAAGUCACGUUUCCAAACUAUCACCAUUCUGCCUAUGGAGCAAUACAAAGAAUUUGCAGAGUUCAUCACCAGCAACUACACCAUGCUGUGUUCUGUUCUUGAGCCGGUAAUUAGUGUGAGGAAUAAGGAGGAGUUGGCUUGUGCCUUAGUACACAUUCUUCAAAGUACUGGCAGAGCCAAGGAUUUUCUGACCGACUUGGUGAUGUCAGAGGUGGAUCGUUGUGGCGAGCACGAUGUCUUGAUCUUCCGAGAAAACACCAUUGCCACUAAAUCCAUUGAGGAGUACCUCAAGCUGGUGGGACAACAGUACCUUCAUGACGCACUUGGGGAGUUCAUCAAAGCCUUGUAUGAAUCAGAUGAGAACUGUGAAGUGGAUCCCAGCAAGUGUUCAUCUAGUGAACUGAUGGACCAUCAGAGCAACCUGAAAAUGUGCUGUGAGUUGGCUUUCUGCAAGAUCAUCAACUCAUACUGUGUCUUCCCUCGUGAGUUGAAAGAAGUGUUUGCAUCCUGGAAGCAGCAGUGCUUGAAUCGAGCCAAGCAAGACAUCAGUGAGCGGCUCAUCAGUGCCUCGUUGUUUCUCCGUUUUCUUUGCCCAGCCAUUAUGUCUCCCAGUCUUUUCAACCUGAUGCAGGAGUAUCCUGAUGACCGCACAUCUCGGACACUAACUCUUAUUGCCAAGGUCAUUCAGAACCUGGCCAACUUUGCCAAGUUUGGUAACAAAGAGGAAUACAUGGCGUUCAUGAAUGAUUUUUUAGAACAUGAAUGGGGUGGAAUGAAGCGGUUCCUUUUGGAGAUCUCUAAUCCUGACACCAUCUCAAACACCCCAGGCUUCGAUGGUUACAUUGAUUUGGGCAGAGAACUGUCAGUUUUGCAUUCCUUACUAUGGGAAGUAGUUUCCCAACUUGAUAAGGGUGAAAAUUCCUUCCUACAGGCAACUGUGGCAAAAUUGGGACCUCUCCCUCGUGUUCUUGCUGAUAUUACCAAGUCUCUGACUAACCCCACGCCAAUACAGCAGCAGCUAAGACGUUUUGCUGAACAUAGCUCCAGUCCAAAUGUCAGUGGAAGCCUCUCCUCUGGGCUACAGAAAAUAUUUGAAGACCCCACUGACAGCGAUUUGCAUAAACUAAAGUCUCCAAGCCAAGAUAACACAGACAGCUAUUUCAGAGGAAAGACGUUAUUGUUGGUUCAGCAAGCCUCCUCCCAGAGCAUGACGUACUCUGAAAAGGAUGAAAAGGAGAACAGUCUUCCUAAUGGUCGGAGCAUCUCCCUCAUGGACCUCCAGGACACUCACACUGCUCAGGUGGAGCAUGCAUCUGUCAUGCUUGAUGUGCCUAUGCGCCUUGCAGGAAGCCAGCUUUCUAUAACCCAGGUAGCUAGCAUCAAACAGCUUCGGGAAACCCAGAGCACUCCCCAGAGUGCACCUCAAGUGAGAAGACCCCUGCACCCAGCCUUGAACCAGCCAGGAAGUCUCCAGCCCUUGUCAUUCCAGAAUCCUGUCUAUCACCUCAACAACCCAGUUCCAGCAAUGCCAAAGGCCUCUGCAGAUUCCAGUUUGGAGAACCUAAGCACUGCCAGUUCUAGAAGCCAAAGCAAUAGUGAAGACUUCAAACUCAGUGGACCCAGCAAUAGCAGCAUGGAAGAUUUCACCAAAAGAAGCUCGCACAGUGAAGACUUCUCCAGGCGGCACACUGUACCAGACAGACACAUACCUCUUGCUCUGCCACGACAAAAUAGUACUGGGCAGUCCCAAAUCCGAAAACUGGACCAGUCUGGGUUAGGUGCCCGAGCCAAAGCACCGCCAUCUCUGCCGCACAGUGCUUCCUUGCGUAGCACAGGGAGCAUGUCAGUGGCAUCUGCAGCCUUAGUGGCUGAACCUGUGCAGAAUGGGAGCCGGUCCAGGCAGCAGUCCUCUUCCUCCAGAGAGAGCCCUGUUCCCAAAGUGAGAGCAAUUCAGAGACAACAGACACAGCAGGUUCAAUCACCUGUGGACUCUGCCACAAUGUCCCCAGUAGAAAGGACAGCGGCCUGGGUUCUGAACAAUGGACAAUAUGAAGAGGAUGUGGAAGAAACUGAACAAAAUCAAGAUGAAGCCAAGCAUGCUGAAAAGUAUGAACAAGAAAUUAGCAAACUGAAGGAGCGCCUGCGAGUGUCCAGCCGGCGGCUGGAGGAAUAUGAGCGCCGGCUGCUGGUGCAGGAGCAGCAGAUGCAGAAGCUGCUAUUGGAGUACAAGGCCCGGCUGGAGGACAGCGAGGAGCGGCUGCGCAGACAGCAGGAGGAAAAGGACAGCCAGAUGAAAAGCAUCAUCAGCAGGCUAAUGGCUGUGGAAGAGGAAUUAAAGAAGGAUCAUGCUGAGAUGCAAGCAGUUAUUGAUGCAAAGCAGAAAAUAAUUGAUGCACAGGAAAAGCGGAUCGUGUCCCUGGAUUCAGCCAACACAAGACUGAUGAGUGCGCUGACGCAAGUGAAGGAGCGGUACAGCAUGCAGGUCCGCAAUGGCAUCUCUCCCACCAACCCCACCAAGCUUUCCAUCACGGAGAAUGGUGAAUUCAAAAAUAGCAGCUGCUGAUGGCCUUGGUGAUACAGACUGUGGGAGGAGGCAGAAGGAAGUUGCCCAGCUCUCCUACCCCAGCCCUUUAACCCUCCAGGUUUACAGAAUGUUGCUUCAAAUGGCAGUGUGGUUAGAAACUCUUAAAAGAAGAAAGAAACCUUGUCUUUCAGGGCUUAAAGCAAAGACUUCAAGUUCGAUGCUUUUCCCCAGUGUCUCUAUGUACAUAGGGAACUUAGUUCUGGGCCAUGUACAGAAAUACCACUGUAAUAUACCAAAAGGAAGUUAAUAAUAUAGAUUACCUUUUUAAUUAUUACUAUUUUAUUAUUGUUUUUCUCUUAUUGAAAGCACUGCAGUUGUUAGUGGAGGAAAAGUAGGAGCCAAGUGUGAGUGAGAAAUGAGCCUAUUGGUUCACUAGGUAGAGUCUAUGUAUUAGAUAGGAGCACAUGGAGUGCAAUAGGACCUUGUCAGAAUGGAUUUUUUUCAGGGAUUCAUCUGCCAGUUUAAAAGCCCCAUCCUAGUCCUUACCAUUAGGAAAACAUAAAAAUACCAAGAUCUGUACAAAACAGUGAUUCAUGCCACUGAUCAACCAAGAUGCUUCUGUCAGACUGUAACCUGCUUUGGAGAGCCACCGUUUGAGAGAACACAGAUAAAAGUGCUUGACUGUACCAAAACUAGACUAGUAAUGGUUUCUCUUGAACUCCUGUCAGUGUUUAUUUCCUCCAUCUAUAACGGACAUUUUCUGUUUUAGAUGUGGGGCUUUUUGAUUUUACUCCAGCUUUUUUUUAACUGCUCUUUAGAGUUGACAGAACUAUAAAUACCAUGCCUCUAUCUACUGUCUUCAUGUUCACUUGUCCACUGCCCUUUCCUUCCCAUGCUGGGAGAGGUUAGCACCAACAAGACUUACUCUCCCCUGGAGAGUGGCCAUUCAAGUAUACCACUCAUAAGCCAUCUGAAUAAACACCCUUUUUUCCACACAGAAAAGGGCUAACUAUACAACAGAGCAGGAAGCUCUGAAUAUCCCACUAAAAGCUUUUUUUCCUAUUUGUCAGUUGUAUUUUUCCUUAGGAUAAAGGUUUUAUCCACUAGAUUAGCAAAUCUGUGGGCAGGGUAAUUCUGUCACCACUUUUAACAUUUGAAUUGCUUCCUCUUUCUAUUUAUCCUCUCCAUAAAAUUUGGGAAGCUAAGACUGAGACAUAUCCCUUAAAAAUGAUGAUUAAUCUUGCUAGAGAAAACCAAAGUGUGAGGACGGCACAUUCUCCUUGUCAUUCCACACUCAUGGUAGACUCAGCAGGAAUGACCCAGCUUAUCAUUAAUGGCUUAAAUAUAGGACAGAAAAUCCAUGUUUUUCUCCAGAGUGUGACGUGUCAUCUGGAAUGCAGGCUUGAUUACAGAGCUUUGGAAAGUUAGCUGCAGGUUAAGCAAAUAUCAUAUAUAUAUAAAUAUAUAUAUAUACAUAGAUUUAUGCAUAUAUACAUACAAUGUGCACAUCAAAAUUGUUCAUAUCUUCUGUGCUGUCAGAUAUACAGAGAUAAAUGUUUAAAAGGGUCUUGAAUCUCUUUAAGCAAGAUCUACACAGUUUUACAAUGGAAAAAAACAGCAUUUCUCAAAUAAGUUAAUGUUAUGUUUUUUAAGUUAUAAACUUUAAGAAUUUUUUUAAGUAAGGGACGAGGGGGGAGACAUAACAGAGCCAUAUGCAUGGAGUAUGUGUUUCUACAUAGCAGAAAACUUAUAAGGAAACAAGAGAACAUGUGUAAUUCCCUCCUAUUUGAAGCCCAGGCAUAGAUAACAAGGCCUCCUUCUCCCUCAGUCCCAGAUGUGCAUUCCAAGUCUCACUUGCUCCUCAGUUGACCUUUGGGUCUGACCUUGUACUUCAGCCACCUCCCCAGAGCCCUCAGCCUGCAGCCUUUGACAGGGUUUCUUCAUAACUCUUGAAAGCAGAGGCAUGCCACUCUGCUUAGACCUUCAGGCUCCACACCCACUUGAGCCUUCUGCAGACCCUCAGCAGUUCUUUUACCUCUUAUCUCUUCCCUCCAAGCUGAGGUCACAGUGUGGUUAAAAUUACUUCCUAAGAGAGAAGGUUAUUGAUUCUGCAGUAAUGCCCUGUAUUGAGUGAGUGAGGGUUAAACAUAGAUCUUUUCAUGUUUGUAGCCUAGCAGUGUUUCCUUCAUUCUUCAAAAUCCUUCAGUACUGCCACACAAAACCUAGUCAAAUAUUAGUGUUGGUGGCCCGAAGUAUAUAAUGUGGUUAAUGUCUUGCUUUGAGGUUGGGAAGAUCAAGUGCAGGUUAUAGAUUACAGAGAACUGGUCAAAUAGGUGUAUUGAUGAAUGCAGUUUGACUCUUAACAUUGUGGGAUCUUCUUAGCCUGUCUGCAUUACAAGAUUGAAUGUCCAAAACAUAUUCCGAGUUCCUGUAAUGUUACCAUGAAUGAAGAGAAAAAGUAAAAUAAGUCAUAAGGGGUCAAAAGUUCAGCAUUGUUGCCAGUUAUUAAAUCUUUGAUUAUCCUUUGAGCCUACUCAUAUUUUUAGCCUAUCAGAAAUAUUCUGAGCUGGGAUGUAACUCAGUUGGCAGAGUGCCAGCCUAGCAUACCAGAGUCCCUAAGUUCAAACACCAGCAUGGCAUGAAUUGGGAUGGUGGCACACAGGCCUGCAGUCCCAGCACUUUAGGGAUAGGAACAGGAGGACUAGGAGCUUCCAGGUCAUCCUCUGCCGUAGAAGUUUCCUGGCCUACCUAAGCUACUUAAGACCUUGUCUCAUAAAUGAUAACAAAAUGUUUUCUGAGUAUUUCUUUAGAGAAUGUUGCAAUCCUAUAACGUUUAUUUUGGAAUUGUUUGAGUAUAGGAGGGAGCAGCAGGCGUUUUCUAUGGCAUUUCUUUGCCCUAAGUAGGUUUCUUUAUCCUGAACAAAAAUCGUUUUGCUUUGCUAGGAGGAAAUGUGUGAUUUUUAAAAAGCUGAUGGGUUGAGUGAGUUCCAGGACAGCCAGGGUUACACAGAGAAACCCUGUCUCGAAAAACCAAAAAACAAAACAAAACAAAAAGCUGACGGGUCUUACAAUCCCUGUGCUUGUCAACAUAUCAUCACCACGUGGGGUGAGACGAGAGCAGGCUUAGGUGGGGUCUGGAUUUGGAUGCAGGUGAAGGCCUUAUGGGGCUUUUAUCCAUUUUAUGCCCAAGGACAGUUUCAUAGGACCAGAAAAGGGGCUCUUGGUCCCCCUGUGUCACCGGAGGCAAGAUCUCAGAACAGCAGAAAGUCACAUUUUCAUGAGACUAGCAUUACUUCAGCGUCUGUCCCCUGUGCGCUGUGGGUCUGGGGCAUUCUUUCUCAGAAUGCAAAAUGAGGCCAUUAUGCUACUGUAGCUCUUCUUGUGUUUUCACUUAAUACCAUGUGCUCUCACUGCCUCCUUCUUUCCUCUGCUGUGGAGUCUGACAGUGAAGAAAGCAUGAGCGUUUCUAAGAUGAAGUGAACAUUGUGUGCACUGGGACUGAGCAUGACUUCAUAAGCAGUCUACCAGCGGCUUUUACGUGGGUUGGCGCGUCUCCAGAGCCCUGGCUCCCGGAGGCUGUGUCCAUGAGUACAGCUCUUUGGGAGCAGGGCUUUAUUUGAAGUUCCAGAAGACAGUGCCAUCAAGUGGGCUUGCAUUAGUUCACUCUGCUUCUGUCCAGAUUUAGUUCUGCUUCCUCGGGGUACAGUGCCUGAGGCCUGUUGGGGGAUUGACCUAGCGGAAGCAGCGGAAUUCCUCCUCAGGAAUUCCCUAGUCUUCUCAUUCAAUAGAAGGAGCCCCAGGCUGCACCACAGACUAGCCAUGUCACUGGCCAGUUCAGCAACUCUCGCGCCCAUCUCACAGCUGUACUUCAUUCUCAGCACCUUUCGGGGCUGUCUUCUGCUACACAUGAAGCAAGUUCAAGGGACAUUCUGCUCUAUAGCCCUUGACUCUUUCUAGUCAGUAACUUGAACUCUCCUGCUUGCCUCAGCAGUACAAGUCACCUUCCUACCCCAUACCUGCCAUACCUUUUUAAAUUAUUAUUAUUUUAUUUUUAUUAUUAUUAUUAUUAAUUUAAAGGACGUUUGUUUGUUUGUUUGUUUGUUGAGACAGGAUUUCUCUUCAUAGCCCUGUCUAUUCUGGAACUAUUCUGUAGACCAGGCUGGCCUUGAACUCAAGAGUUCUACCUGCUUCUGCCUCCAGAGUCCUGGGCUUUAAAGGUGUGUGCUACCACUGCUUGGCCAUACGUGUUUCUUAAAGCAAGUAAUGAUUAAGCCCAUUUUAUGUUUAAAUAAUUGUUAUCAGUUCUUCUAGAGCAUUCUCCUGUCACUGACCCGUCUAGGAAAGCACUUGAGCCUUGGAAGGACAAGGGUGGUGAAAUUUGCAUGAGAGAGAAUAAAUUUUUUUCAGAAAGAUCCUGAGGAAGACACAUGAUCCAAUGAUUUGUUGUUCAGAAGUUCAAAGGAACAAGUGGAGUGGCAUCCCCUGGGUCCUCCUAGGACGCAUGGAUAUGUGUGUGUGUGUAUAUAUAUGCAUACAUACAUACAUGGAAAGGCAUAUACAUAUAUAUAUAUAUAUGGAAAGGCAGCUCCUGAGACAACAUGGAAUAUGCCUACAGAAAUACCACUCUUAGGGCACUCCUUUAAAAAAAAUGUUAAUACACUUUGUAAACCAGUAAUUCCCAGACUUUCUUGAGGCUUUGUUUUUGUUUUGUUGGUUUUUAGAUUUUAUAACAUUCUAUUCUCUUUGAAAUGUACUAUAUGUGUUAUAUGUAUAUAUAAGUUAUAGUGACUUGAACCCUGUUUGGCAUAGGUUGAGAACUAUUGUUGGUAGUAGCAUAAAGUGUCUAGAGCAGCCACUGACUGUCACCGUCUGAAAGCAGGGUACAGAAAGGAGUUUGGUCCCUCAGCAGUUAAUGCCCAGGUGCUUGAGCAGCGGCCCAGCCAGCUGCAGUGAGUGCAGCAAAGCCACGCAAGCAGAGGACAAGAGAAUUGACCCCCUGUUUCAGCACAGUUUUAAUUUUGUACUCUGUCAUUUUUUAUCAAAUGCCCUAAAAAGUCUUGGAACUGAAAACCAGACUGAACUCUUGGUGCAGUGACAUUUCCACAGCUGUGCUCUAGGGGUUCUAUCCUCUGUGUGUGGUGCAAGUAUAUAAAAUAAAUAGCAUGGAUAUGUCAUUUCCAAACCCUCAAGGGAACAUUAUUGGUUUCCACUUUAUUAACAGAUUAAAUGCUGGUUAACUCAGUGCCCACUCUCCUGCAAAGAGAAUCCUACAGUAGGCAGUAGAGGUGGGUUUGGCAGCAGAGGGGGUGGGUUUGGCUGGCACGUGGAUCCUUCUUAGCUGUGUAGGUCAACUCAAGCGAACAGCAGCACUCUUUACCUGGGUCAUACCUGCGAGGAACUUAGCUUCCAAAUUUGGUUUUUGCUUUUCAUCUCCAGGGCCUUAAUAAAAGUGUGUUAAUACACAUGACUAUUUUACAGAUAAUUCAAAAUAAUUUAUUUUUUAUUUGAAGAAAGCAAAAUCCACCUUAAAAAAAAAAAACAAAACCCAAGAUGUUAUUUUAUUUUUAAAGCCAUAUUUUUGUGCUUUGUAGCACUUAGAUUGUUCCAUAUGUGAUCCAUAUCUGCAUUUCAUUACCUGGGUUCUAAAAAAGAUUUAUUUUUGUUCUGUGAAUAAUUUUUGACGGUUCUUGUACAUGUACAGAUAUAGAUACGUUUGAGGUCUUUUAUUGAUAUUCCUACAAAAAAUACAAAUAAACUUUAACUUUAAACAUUUCA